GUUGUAAAGGGAUUUUAAUAGCGUGUUACAAUGUAGCGGGAUGCUAAUUAUCAACAUCAUGAAGGAGUGUCAUAAUCUCGAAUGUCACAAACCCUUAUGGUGGCACAUCAGAGGCUCCCUAACCGUGAUGGAUUGAACACUGAAACAGAAGAACAUUGUUGAUCAUCUUCGUGAAGUGCCCAGUCUGGCAUGGACUGGCAGCGGGACCUGCCGUAUGACCACAUCGCAGCGGACCUGCCGCUGUCCGGCGUGCCGACGGAAGCGGACAUCCAGCAGCUCCUCCGAGACACGGAGGAGAAGCUGAAGCUCAACGCCAGCAGCAUAGAGCAGAGCCUGCGGGACCUGCAGGGCAAGAUGGGGGAGCACUGGGGUGGGGAGAGGCCCUCCAGCCCCACGGAGCUGCUGCAGUGGUUCCACCCGCGCCACCCCAACGGCCUCCGGCCCGUCGCCACGGGCCACCAGGAGCUGCUGGAGUUCUACAGAGCGCUGCAACAGUUCCUGAAGGCGGAGGAGCACGGCGAGGAGGUGGUGCUGCAGCUGCUGGUGAACGUCUCCUACCAGUGCGGCGUCUCCUUCCCCAGCUCGGCCUCGCCGGGCCCCCAGCACCCCUCGCUGCUGCCCAGCGUCUUCUGCACGGUGCGCGACGAGCCGCCCCUGGAGCUGCAGGACCUGUGGGAGGACGUGCGGCUCCAGCUGCAGCGCCACCUGCUGGAGAAGCUGGAGAUGGUCGGCGGCGGUAGUGGCGGUAGUGGCGGUAAUGCCGCCGAGAGGGCAAGGGAGGAAGCAGCUCCUCUUCCUCUACCCGGAGGGCCAGGUGUUGGCGCGCUACCAGCGUCUCCGCGCCAAGGCCGCGCGGGCGCUCCUCCAGGCCUCCCAGGCGUCCGCCGCGGCCCGGGCGGCCGAGCGGGGCUUCGAGCGGCUGGCGGCGGGCUUCCGGGGGGCUUCCGGGCGGCCGUGCCCGCCCUCGCCGCCAUGGUGACGGAGGACCUCCACGCGCUCAACGCGGUGGGCGCCGAGCCGCACGCCACCCUGGGCUUCCUCAACCAGGCGUACCUGGGCACGGUCGCCAAGGAGAUGGGCGCGCUGAUGGAGCGGGAGAUCGAGAACGCCCUGAAGGACAACACGGCGCCACAGUGGAAGGGCGCCCGCAGGCUGAGCAGGAGCAAGGCCACUGUCGUUCCUCAGGAGCCGGUGCGUAAGGUGCGUAGCUUCUCCCUGACGUCGCACCAGCUGGGCUGCCUGUCGCGGCUGGCGUGGGCGCUGCUGGAGCUGGAGCAGCGCGUGGAGGAGCUGGCCACCGACGUGGGCUUCCUCAGCUGCGCCGGGGAGGCGGCCUGCGGCCCCAGAGGGAUCCAAAAGAGAUCUAAAGAGGACCUCGAGGCAGGUCCAGGUCCAGGAGAAGGGAGCAGCGCCGCCACACCCGAUUUGCUCUUGAACUCUGCAGAGCCGGUGUCCCUGGAGUUCGAGUGGCGGGGGGCGUUUGCCGAGCUGGUGCCCCAGAUGGCCCACUGUGUGAAGGUGCUGCUGGAGGACGUGUGUGCCAGGGGCCUGCAGCAGGAGGAGGUGGCGCGCGCCAGCUCGGCGGUCCUGGCCCUGGGCACCGUGCCACAGAGACAGGGCAUCGGCCUCACCUGUCUGGAGCGAGAGUGCCCCAAGAUGAUCGCCAAGGCGCGAGGCCUCCCGCCCGGGGAGUCUCCAGGUGCAGCCGGGCCUGACACGGCCGCUGGUGGAUGUAAUGUGUGUGUGCUCACUGGACACUGGGAUCGAUACGACCAGCCCACCACCACCCACGCCUCCCUGGGCACGCGCAACAAGGGUGUCCCCUGA